CUCCUCCUCUUCUCAACUGGAAGAAGACCUCCUUGAGAUCUUCCAGCUCUUCCAUCCAAGGUUAAAAAAGCCAUGGCUUAUCAAAGCUUCCUGCUGGAACCCAUCACCUGUCACGCCUGGAACAAAGACCGAAGCCAAAUUGCCAUCUCCCCCAACAAUCACGAAGUCCACAUCUACAAGAAAAACGGUGCCAAGUGGGACAAGAUCCAUGAGUUGAAGGAACACAACGGACACGUGACAGGCAUUGACUGGGCCCCCGACAGCAACCGGAUUGUGAGCUGCGGGACAGACCGCAACGCCUACGUCUGGACCCUGAAGAACGACGUUUGGAAGCCCAACUUAGUCAUCCUCCGGAUCAACCGCGCUGCCUGUUGUGUGAAGUGGUCCCCGAAUGAGAACAAGUUUGCUGUGGGCAGCGGCUCCCGGAGGAUCUCCAUCUGCUACUUUGAGCAAGAAAACGAUUGGUGGGUCUGUAAGCACAUCAAGAAGCCAAUUCGAUCAACCAUACUCUGCCUGGACUGGCACCCCAACAAUGUCCUCCUGGCAGCGGGAUCCUGCGACUUCAAGUGCCGGAUUUUCUCGGCCUACAUUAAAGAGGUGGAAGAGCGGCCAGCCCCUACUCCUUGGGGAUCCAAGAUGACAUUUGGAGAGCUCAUGUUUGAGUCGAAGAGUAGUUACAGCUGGGUCCACAGCAUCUGCUUUUCAGAGAGUGGCAACCGUUUAGCCUGGGUGGGCCAUGACAGCACUAUCUGUCUGGCGGAUGCCAACAAGAAAAUGGCGGUAGCCUGCCUUUCUACGGAGACUCUGCCCCUCCUGGCUGUGACCUUCAUCACCGAGAACAGUCUUGUGGCUGCCGGACAUGACUGUUACCCAAUGCUGUUCGCGUACGACGAACAGCAGGGUGCGCUGAGCUACGGAGGGAAAAUGGACAUCCCCAAACAGAGUUCCCAGCGGGGGCUCACAGCUAGGGAGCGCUUUCAAAACCUGGACAAGAAAGCUAGCUCUGAUACCAACAAGGCUUCUCUGGACACAGUCCACAAGAACAGCAUCAGCCAAAUCUCUGUGGUUGCUGGCGGGAAGGGCAACUGCUCCAAAUUCUGUACCACCGGAAUGGAUGGCGGCAUGAGCAUAUGGGAUGUCAAGACCUUGGAGGCUGCGAUGAAAGGACUUCGCAUCAAAUAAGCGAAUAAGCAAAUUCCUGCCUGCCAAGAAAAUCAAUCAAGGCGUUAGUCCAUUCCUGCUUUGGAGAAUCUUUGAAAGUCAAUCCCAGAUGCUACAAACUCAGCUUUUUUUUUGAAGCCUCCUGGGCAGGAACCCAGAGCGGUUAAAAAUAAAAUAAAAAUACCUGCAAUUAAAAACAAA